UCAGUAUCUCUCCCAUUUUUCAUACAAUACAAAGCCUUUCAUUUCCCAUCAUCAAGAUGACAAAAAUGAUUGCUUUCGUUGGGCUAGCGCUGCUGAUUGUGGUGGCCACAGUGGAUGCUGCCCGAUUGCUUCAUGAAUCCACUGCUGUCAGUUUAGGAGCGUCGGCGCAAAGCAUGUUCCCGUUCCCACAAUUUCCAUUCCCAAGGCCUGGCUUCCAGCUCCCUCCGCUCCCGAGCUUCCCAAGGCCAGGUUUCCAGUUUCCUCCACUCCCAAAUUUUCCACCAGGAUUCCAACUCCCUCCUCUUCCUAACUUCCCGCCUUUCCCUCCCUUGGGAGGUGGCAUCUCUCCUUCCCCUCCAUCUAGCGAUGGCGGCUUACCUUUCCCUCCCUCUGGUGGCGGCGCCUCACCUCCACCCCUCUCUAUUUGAUAAUGACAACCAAGCUCAAGAAUAAGAAACUACAACAACAACAUAAGAAGAACAACAACUCUAGGGAUGGCAAUUACCCACCCAUGGGUAAUUUUACCCAAAUCCAAAUAAAUCCAUUUAGUAUGGGUAGGGUUUGGAUGAAGUGUAUAUGGGUUUGGGGGUUUGUAGAUGGGUUUGGGUUAGGUAUGGAUAUUGGUUUCAUAAUGCAAAUGGGUAUGGGUUGGAUAUGGAUAUCCAUUUACUUGAGGGUGUUUUAACUACACACUCAAAAAUUGGACCUAUUUGUAAAACUUGAAAAGUUUAGGUACCAAAAUGUAAGACCAAAAAAUUUAGGUACCAAAACGUAAUUUUCCAUCGAUAUUUUGAGGACUUAUAUGUAAAAAAAUUAAAUUUAGGUACUAAAUCUGCAUAUCUAUUAAGUUUAGGUACCAAACUGUAAUUUGCCUUUGGGCAUGGGUACAAACCCAAAUCCAUGUGUUAAAAAUCCAACCCAACCCAAGUAAAUGGGUAUGGGUACAAACCCAUCAAACUCUACCCAUCUACCAUUUAUUUGGAAUCCAUACCCAACCCAAUUGGGUUGGAUAGUAAAAUACCCAUGGGUAUGGGCAAAAUUGCCAUCCCUAAACAACUCUAUAUUACUCUCUCACUCAUUCUUUGUUGUUUCUUUUAGUUAAUUAAUAUUUCUUUUUGUUUUUACCGUUUAAGUUACAAGUUAAGAUGAAUGCUCGUUUUGUUGCUUUCUCAUUGUUUGAUUGUGCUAAUGAAUUCUCCCAUAUAAUGGGAAAAAAAAUUACCCUUUGUGGUAGCAAUAAGGAAAGAUUCCUUUGUGUAGUUUAGGAAUUUUUUUACUUGUAUGUGUAUUUAGGGAAUUAAUCCCCAGUCCUCCUCCUAUGUUCGCCGCCAGAUCAGGCGAUGAAGGAGAAAGCCAACAACAAGUCAACAGCAAUAAGGAAGCCGACGAUGCCGAACAUGACAAGGACGACAAUUGUACGAGCCGCUGUAUCAUGUUGCUGCCUCUUCUCGCGCUUACUCCACUUCCAAUUCCGACUCCGAUCCCAACCCUCCCAUCCCUUCCUCCUCCCGCUCCUGCAACUCCAACAAUUCGGUCCUUAAUCGCGAUUACAAUUAUGUUUUUCCUCCAACUACGAUGGCUGGAUCUCUUUUUCAAUCAUCGACGCCGUCUCUUCAAUUAGAUGGAACUCUCUCCUCCGAUGAGUCUUCCUUAUCCCACUACGACGCUACCAAUCCGACAAGUGUGCUGAUUUGAACUCUGUGCUCUCCGUCUACACCGAUGUCGCUUGGCUUCAGGGGAACGAUACUGAGGUUUUGGAUUUUUUUGUUAGGGCUUUUCUACGCCGGAACUAGGGCUGGAAGUUUGGUACCGCUAUUUGAGAUAUAACGAAUAUCGUACUGAAUUUGUCUAUAUUUGGUAUUACCGAAUACACAUAUUAUUUUUUG